CUCAUUGAUGACAUUGCCUAUGAAUCUGACGGACCCUCUCCCACCCUUGGCUGCUUUGUCUCCGAGAAACUCUCCACCUUCACUGCCUGCAAUUCUUGGACUGUAGUUGAAGACACCCUAGUUAAGGAAGAACUGGUAGCUGACUGUAGUGACACAGAGCUUGCGGAUGAGGGCUUCGAUUACACCGCCCUCACAACCAGCUUGAUGGCCGAGAACAAGCAGAUGAGAGGAAGAGAGCAGAUGGGCCACAUGCUUUUAGAGAAGUAUGACCACAUGACCCACGAGCAGGCAUAUCACAUCCAUCAGCAGGGUUCCGAUGUUCAAGCCGGACCCUCACUUUUACAAGGGUGGCCCGGCUUAGGCGACAUUGGUGAAGGAAGUACAGCUGGUCAUAGCUACUGUGAGGAUGUGACAUCACCUAUUCACCAAGGGCUGCAGCACUCUCUGGUUGGACCUAAUAGUGAAAAUCAGAGGACCAGUGAUAGUGAAAACAUGGGACUCGGGAAGAUUUUGGCAUCAGUCACCCAGCUACGACAGUUUCACCACCACCCUUUCUCCAACGCAGAACGAGAUAGCACUUAUAGACCUGGUGGCAGCUGUGGAAGAAAGAAGGUGAAGAAACCAUUCUCCUGUGCACAGUGCUCUUACCAGACUGCAUCCAAGAGCAAUCUGGUGAUCCAUCUACGUACUCACACAGGGGAAAGACCGUAUCAGUGUCCGCAGUGCUCAUUUAGUGCUUCAUUUGAAUACAAUCUGAAAGUUCACAUGAGGACACAUACGGGCGAAAAGCCAUACAUGUGUCCUAAUUGUCCUUUGCGCUUUGCUCAGAAGGCCCACCUCAAGAAUCAUCUCUUCACCCACACUGGAGAAAAGCCAUUUUCAUGUCAGCACUGCUCGGCAAAAUUCAGCCGCAUGAGCAAUCUGAGAAGACAUUCCCAAACUCAUCAGUAACCCCUUCCUUCUUUCAUAGUUCUUUCAUUUUCACUCAUUUUUAUUUCACUUUUAAUGUUUCUUUCCCAUAUUCAUGUUGCUUUCAUAUAGUAUCGCUCUCUCAGUAACUGAAAGAGAAGGUAUGGUGAACUUUUGGAACGUAGAGCAUUCACCUAUCAAAAGGAAAUAAUCAAGGAAUAUGGUGAAACCUUCAUUUUAUUGUCUUUCAACUAAUUAACAAAGUUAAAUAAGUAACAGACAUUGCCAGCCUGCUUUCAGAUAACAUUAAGUAAUCUGAUCUCUGUGGAGAUAGUCUGAAUCUGUUGAACAUAAAUGAAUAUGAUAUAAUUUAAAGUUAUCAUUUGUUGUAUUCCUCAUCAUUCACACAAUACUGCCACUCAUGUCAAUGCAGGUCCUAAAAAUAAUACGAGUUAGUCAUGUAAGUUUAAAGUUUCAGAUAAUCUUCCUUUCCUAAACUAAAAAUAAAAGAAUAUUUAUUACUUUGGGUUUAUGGUCUGUUUAACAUACAAUGUGUGUAGAAUACUUUGCAAAACUAGGAUGAUUUUUAAGGUUUGGAGAUAUAUAUGAGAUAGGAAGUUAUUGGAUAUAUGGCUAUGAAAGUAUAUUAAGUCUUCCCAAAAAGUUAACUUAUU